CCGACGAGGCCCGCCGGGCCCGGCUGGACCGUCUGAGCAGGUCCGUCAACAAGAUAAUCGACGAGUACCUGGGAACCAGAUCAGUAAUAAUGUUCUCAGACGAGGUGCGUAGCAGCGAGCUGGGUCAACGGCUGCUGGUCGACAUGGGCCAACCCAGGCUACUGGUGCAGUUGGCGAAGAUCACCGACGCGAGGCUGCUGGCCAACGGAUUUGUCGUGUACCUGCAACGUGGCCAAGCGCAGCAGCACCGGGACGGCCAGACGACUGACUACGAUGGGGUGCUGGACAGAUUGCCACCCAGCGACCACUCGCGGCACAUGGUGCUGUGGGACGUCGUGUCGCGGCCGGGCGACCGCCUCGAACUGCACCGCAUACAAAUGCUGUUCGAGGCGUUCUGGCUCCAUCAGCUCGUCGACGUGGCCGUCCUGGUGCCCUUGUCCACCGGCAGCAUACGAGUGUAUGUGUUUAACCCGUACACCGGAUCCAGGUGCAACGGGGCUGGCCCACCAAUCAUGAUCAACGUUUGGAGCAACUCGGCCGACAAGUUCAUCAAGCCCGACAAAGUGUUCGGCAUGGAGAACAAGUUAAAAGACUUGCACAAAUGUCCAUUGAAGUGCUUGGGAAUACACAGGCCACCCGUGUCGACGGUAGUGCAAACGAAAAAAGGCUUCCAGCUAUCUGGGUCAGGUUUGCGCAUCAUUAACUUCAUGCAGGCAUACAUGAACUUCACCGGUAUCGUUACCAUGGCUUACGGCCAUUCCAGGGUGGAUUUCAUCCCCGAGACGGCGGCCAUGUCAGACAACGAUAGUUCGCCGGUCAGCAUGAAAGUGAAACACAAAAAGGUGGACUUGGCAUUCGGCCGGUUCACGAGGAUUUUCGAUAGAGAGUCCGACGUUGAGUUUAUCAAGGAAGACCAGAUGGAAUGUUUCACGUGGGGCUUGCCCAGCGGCAUCGGUCAUGACCCAAUGCUGUGGAUCAACUACAUAGCUGAAUUCUCACUAUUAAUCUGGAUAUUGAUCAUACUGAGCGUAAUAUUGGCGUUCGGCGUUAUCGUCGCACUCUCGCAGCUUGCGUCCACGCUGCAGCUGCCGGAGUCUACGGUCCCGUGGAGUCCACUGUUCAUUCUGUUCUACACGUAUGGCACGUUCAUAAGCGCUCCGAUCAAGGUCACGCCAAAAUCGUGGUCACUGCAAAUGUUUCUGUCCAAUUGGUUGCUGUACAGCCUGGUGUUGACAAGUGCGUACCAGGCGUAUUUGGGCAGUCUGAUCACCAUACCGCAAACUACUCCAGAAAUAAACGACCAGCACACGCUGCUGAAGACCGAAUUGAACUUGGUCGGUAGACAAGACAUGUACUAUCUGAUUAACUCGUCGGCGGGCUCCAGCAACGAUUUCAAAGAGUUGGUCGACCGCUAUCAAAUAUUGCCACCCGAAGACUUCGUUCACCUCAUUCAGAGAAUACUGUUGAAGAGAGACACAGCCGUCUUGGCGUCCAAACGUGAACUGAUAUUUUAUGCACAAAGGUACAAGUCGAUUUUCAACGACUCGAGACAUCUACACGUCUUGCCCAAGUGCGUGAUCGAAUCGUAUUCGUCAACAUUUAUGCUUCGAAAAGGAUCGCCGUUUCGACAUAGGAUUAGCACCAUUAUGUCGCAACUCUCGGAGACGGGCAUUAUGCAGCAAUGGGAUCGGGCAAACCUCAAAGAAGAGCUGGUAAACAGCAUUGUAUUUACCGAGGACACGAUUCUUUCCAUGUCACAAUUUUACGGGGCAUUUGUGGUUUUGUUUUUUGGAUUGUUUUUGGGCUUCAGUGCAUUUGUUGGCGAAAUCAUUGUGUACCUUAUAAAUACAUUUUGCAUAAGACAUACCAAACAAAUUGUGUUCUUAAACUAACUAUAAGACAUAGGUAAUA